AUGCAGCAACAAAGUGAUCAACCUACUAAAGGCAGCUUAUAUCCAGCUCUUCAGAGGGCAAGACUACAACUUUCGAUAUGGACCAGCUCUCACAUACCUAGGAGAGAAUUGUUGAAUCCUACGGACUUUGGAUGGCUGAGUGAUGGGGCAGGACAACUCAUACCUGUUUUCUGUACUGAGAAUUGUGCACCACCAGGAAUAUUGAACUUAGUUCGAUGUGGAUGCAGAAAGAAUAAAUGUGAUACAGAACACUUCAAAUGUGUAACAAAUAAAUCACCAUGUACAGAAAUGUGAAACUGCAUAGUGUUUCAUACAACUGCAAUAGCCGGCAGUGCAAUACCAGUAAUUAGAUUUCCAUCAACUCCAUACAGCCAUACUCCAUUUAAAUGCAACCAAUCCACGUUCCUGGUCCAGUCUGUCAUGCCAUCCAGCUCGAGCAGACAACCGUUCAUCAAAGAAAUGCAGAAGCAAUUUCCACAGCCGCUUGAAUAUUUGCCAAGAGAGGCUUGUUUAGUUUGCAUCAAAUUCGUUAAGCUGAACAAACACUUCGCCUUCACAUGA